CCCACCAUGGCACGGUCCGUGCCUUGAACGAGUCGGCGGUACAACACUUACAAAACCGAGAGCCCUCCGCCUGUCUCUGUGUUUCUUCUUAUUUUGUGUUUGGGUGUCUAAAAGCGCCAGGUGAUCAUGACUGGAAGAGAAAUCUUGCACAAGAUGAAGGCAGCAGCAGGUUUCUGCCCAUCAACAUCAGACACAGGAAAGGGGAAGAGCAAGCUGUGUAGGCAUGUCACUCAUGGAUUUCACUUGGUUAAGGGCAAGGCUAGGCAUGCCAUGGAGGAUUAUGUGGUGGCCCAAUUCCGUAAAGUAAAGGAUACUGAGUUGGGCUUAUUUGCAAUUUUCGAUGGCCAUUUGGGUCAUGAUGUGCCAAAUUACUUGCAGUCCAACUUGUUUGAUAACAUUCUGAAGCAGCAAGACUUUUGGACACACACAGAGAAUGCAAUAAAGAAAGCGUACGAAAUAACUGAUGAUAAGAUAUUGGAGAAAGUGGUCGAUUUGGGAAGUGGAGGUUCAACUGCUGUCACUGCCAUACUAAUGAAUUGUGAGAAGCUAGUCAUAGCGAAUGUCGGUGAUUCACGGGCAGUUGUUAGCAGAAAUGGUGUGGCUAAACAGCUAUCUGUUGACCAUGAACCAAACAAAGAGCGUGAGGCCAUUGAGAAGAAAGGUGGCUUUGUAUCAAACCUCCCAGGUGAUGUUCCUCGUGUUGAUGGGCAGUUGGCGGUAGCCAGGGCAUUUGGGGACAGAAGCUUGAAAGCUCAUGUCAGUUCUGAACCACAUGUUGUGGUGGAGAUCAUUGAGCCUGAUACGGAGUUUCUCAUCUUGGCAAGUGAUGGUCUAUGGAAGAGGCAUUAUCUAUUUCGUUCCAUGGAUCAUAUUUCUCUACUUCUGUAGUACACGUCUCAGGCACCAUGUAAACAAGGAGGUGAUGAUUCUUUGGGCUAUCCUGUUAUCUCUCUCUCAUGUCCACGGCUUGUGUUUUUUGCUAUAUUAAGGUUAUGACAAACCAGGAAGCAGUAGAUUCAAUUCGAUCUGUGAAGGAUGCGCAGGCUGCAGCUAAGCAUCUCACAGAGGCAGCUUUGAACAGAAAAAGCAAAGACGAUAUCUCAUGUGUCGUCGUGCGUUUCCUCUGACCUUUUGCUCUGCAUUGUGUGUAUAUUUCUGUUCCAGUUUCAAGAAAGGCUACUCUUGCAAGUGUGUUGCGGCCUGGUUGUUUCACCUCAUGGGGGUGUUGAUGUAAUCAUAGUACAAAAAUUCAAACAAAAGAUUGUAUUUAUUGAAUGUA